AUGCUUUUGCCAAGUUGCAAGGCUGGAGGCGACGCCUCUUAUCCCUCCCUCUCUCCCUCCCUGCCGGAGGGACCACUCAAAAGCGCUUUCUGCAGCGACAAGUCGAACAAAAGAGCCGAGCCGAAGGCAGCUGGAGGGCUCGGAAGCGUAAAAGUCUUCUUUGAGGCUUCUUCUCUGGGGAGAAGGAGGAGCCAGCAAAGCGAAAGGAAAAAACGAGUCGUGCAGAAAACCAAGCGGCGCCAGGGCGCAGCUCUUGCGGAGAGGCUCUCCAUGAAGCCGUGGCUUCUCUUCUCCUGCUUGCUGCCCUUCCUGGGAGCCGGAGAGGGUCGGCGUCCCGGAUCCAGGCAUCCCAGGAGCAGCGAGGGGACGGAGGAAGCCGCCUUGCAGGAAAGUAUUAAGAGAAUCAAGCAUUUGAAUUCCUUAUCAUCUAGCGACAACGCUACUGCUACCUAUGGAAUAAAUAAAUUUUCCCACUUGUUUCCUGAAGAAUUUAGAGCGACUUACUUACAAAGUAGACUUUUUAAAGUUCCCAAGUAUGUGCCGGGAGCGAGCCUAGAGGGCACAGACGCACCCUUACCAGCAAAGUUUGAUUGGAGGGACAAGAAUGUCGUUACCAGCGUGCGGAAUCAAGAAGCGUGUGGCGGCUGUUGGGCUUUCAGCGUUGUCAGUGCAGUAGAGUCCGCAUACGCAAUUAAAGGGAACGUUUUGGAGAACCUCAGCGUGCAGCAGGUUAUCGACUGUUCAUACGAGAAUAAAGGCUGCAGCGGUGGCUCUACGGUUACUGCGCUGAGUUGGCUGAAUCAGACACGCGUGAAACUGGUGAGGGAUGCAGAAUAUUCUUUUAAAGCUGAAACAGGAAUGUGCCAUUACUUCAGCCGUUCUGAUUUUGGAGUUUCAGUCACAGGCUAUACCUCUUAUGAUCUAAGUGGCCAUGAAGACGAAAUGAUGAGGAUGCUAGUUAAAUAUGGGCCUUUGCCAGUAAUUGUAGACGCAAUCAGCUGGCAGGAUUAUCUUGGGGGCAUCAUCCAGUAUCACUGCUCCAGUGGAGAAGCAAAUCACGCUGUUAUAGUUACUGGUUAUGACACGACAGGUAGCAUUCCUUAUUGGAUUGUUCGAAAUUCCUGGGGUACUUCGUGGGGAAUAGAUGGCUACGUACGCAUUAAGAUAGGUUCCAAUAUCUGUGGCAUCGCUGAUGAAGUUUCUGCCGUGUUUGUGUGAAGCAGUUGCUCUGAACGCAGAAUCGGUGACAGACAUUUCAAACACUAUUUUUCCACGAUGUGAAGGAGUGUUAUUCUUGGGAAGGGACUUGUGGGCAUUCUGACGGCAACAAACAGAAGAAUCCCCUUCCAGCAAGUGCCAUAAAACUUUUAUUUUUGGGAACUUGAUAUCCGCUCUGCAGCGUAUUCUAGACCAUCAAUUGUGCAAACAGAAGGAAUUUUAUAUUACCAGCUCUAGUCUCAGUUUUGGGAAUCUUGACUCCACCUGCACUUAGCACAGUAUUUUAAAUAAGAGUUGAGCAAUUGUGGUCAGAGAACUGGAUUUAUAUCAGGGAGGCCUGAGUUCAUCAGCUACCAUAUCCUUGCUGUGCAGCCUUAGACAAAAACCACACUCUCUGCCUCAGUUCCCAGUCUGUAAAAUGAUAACAUACCUUCUUACAAUAAUUUUGUGAUUACAAAAUACAAAUUUAUAAAACAUGUUGCAAAUUAAAGUCAGAACUAUAUGUAUGUUGAACAUACAGGGUGCAUCCCUCUUAUUCUAGCAUUUUGUAGAAUAUACUGGUAAUAAUCAUAAUAUUGUUUUUAGUUUAUUGAUUUUAUCUUUUGAAUGUUUGAAGGAGUUAUUUUUCUACUGAUUUUAUUGAUGAUUUUAUUGUUCUUUUGUAAAUCACUUUGAGGUGGGGUUUUUUAACAACCAGUGUAUGAACUUUAUGAAAUGAUAAAUAAAUAUUUGCAGUGCUGCAGGAGUAA